CACGAUCACGAUGUCAACUGAAGCCGCCUCCAACUCGAAGAAAUCACGGCGAUCAUCAUCAUCACCGUUUUUGCUGUUGCCAGACGACGUUGUUUUAAAGUGCUUAUCCCGCGUUCCGGGACGCUAUGACCUAAAGCUCUCUUUGGUCUCCAAAGCCCUAAGGUCGCUCGUUUGCUCGCCAGAACUCCACCGUUUGCGAUCCCAGCUUCUCCCGAAGAAGUCGGUCUUUCUCUCUUAUCAUAUAUAUCAAGGCCCGAUGGAUCCGUCCCCUAGCUUCAGAUGGAUCACUUUCCGUCCGGGUGAGAAGACCACUGACUAUCAGUUGGAGCAGAGAUCUCUGUCAUUGGCGGAUGUCGUCCCGACACAUCGUUUUGGUCAUGCAGUCUCCGUGGGAUCAGAGAUCUAUUUCAUUGGUGGAAGAAGCGUUCACUCCCCGGAGCUUUGGAUUCUUGAUACUCGAUCUGGUCAUUUACGGACGGCUCCAAGCCUGAAAGUGGGUCGGUUGAAGUACAAAGAAGCAGUGGGUGUGGUCGCGGGGAAGAUAUACGUGAUUGGAGGAAGUGAAGAACGCAGCCAAGUGGAAGUGUUUGAUCCACAAGCGCAAACCUGGGACUUCGUUGGCGAGGAGAAAGUGACAUGUGAAUCCCGGUUUAGUGCGUCUAUGAAGCAAAAGGUUUAUAUGGUGGACAUAGAUGGGAGAGUCAGCGCGUAUGGCCCGAGAGAAGGUAUAAACAGUGAUGCAACGGAGGUGCCAAGUGAUGAUAUGCUGAAGUUAGUGUGUGUGGUAAAGAAUGUGCUCUACGGUUGUUUUGAGUGGAGUGGGUUAAUGUGGUUUAACACAAAGCUCAAGGUUUGGAUAAAAGUGGUUGACCGUGAUGGCAAGGAUGGGAAGUUAGAGCUGUAUUCAUUUGCUGCUGCAAAAAUGGUGGAAUACGAGGAAAAUAUUGUGUUUCUUUGGCCACUAGGUAAUAUUGAUCCCAUGAAGAAAGAUGUUGUGUGUAAAUUGAUUGCAUUGGAUAGCCUAGGAGAAGAAAUCCGUGGGAGGAUUGAGUGGUCUGGUAUUGUGGCCACUUUGCCGCAUAACAUUCUUUGGAAGGAUUGUUUAGUUGUUUCUGGUUGAUGGAUUCAUUAUAUGAUUUAACCUGUCAUAUGUUGAACUUAAUUUCUGAUAGCCCAGACUGAGCAAAUUAUAAUGUCUGUUUAUGUUUACUAAUUUUAUUUUAUUUGUCUACUGUACAAACAUACAUUGUGAACAUCUUGUUGGCUUCUUCCAAGAAACCGCAAACAAAAGGCAGUGGUUUUGUUAAGAAUACCAUGGCAUGGGAUCAUCACCGUCUGCAUUCCACUUCCACUGAUCAUCCCUUGUAGCCGCUUCUUUGAUUAGAUACGUCUCUGCUUAGGUGAGACGUGGAAGACGAGUUGUGUGGAGAAGCGUGUGGUCCAAGUCAGUCAUGGAUUAAGUGGAGUUAUUAUUCCUAUGUGAGUUCUUAUCUUACAAGGACUAUUCCAACUGUCUAAUUAGAUUUCUUACUACUUUUAGAGGAACACAAAUAAAGUUUAUAAAAUAAUAGUCCAAGUGUCUAACUAUGUAAGGGAGGAUAUGUUGAAUG